GAGGGGCUGUGGCCAGGCGUUGCGAAUGAUGAUUCGAGAUGCCAGCUCCGUAACGCUCGAAGCUGGAACUGCUGCCUACUCCGGCACGGCAAGCUGCACGCCUGCAGAGCGAGAAGUCGGAGGAACUGCCCAGCCUUUUGAGAGUCCAGACAUUCCAUCCAUGGAGGCCUUGCUUGCCAUGCUGGGCGAAGACCCUCCUGAAGAUGCAGCCCGCGAGGAGCCGCAGCCGUCAACGAUCAAUGAACCGGAGCCGUCCCAGCCGAUCCAGGAGAAGCCGACGUCGCGCAGACGCCGAGGAGGAUUCACUUCUGCGAUCGGUGCUGGGCCUGGAUCUGAGUUUCUGGGCUCGGGCAUUUGCAGGCCAGCAGCUGCGCAGGCGCAGACGGGAUCCUCGACACUGCGGGAGAGCGAGCAGGAAGUCCCUGCAGCAGAUGAAGUUCCGUCCAUGGAGGCCCUGCUAGCCAUGUUGGACGAGGUGGGUGCCAUGAUAGACCGCAUAGAUGCGUGUGCCCAAGAGCAGUUUGGCCAUGCAGCCACGUCCUCGAGCGAGCCCCCUGUCAGCUACGCUGAGGUUUCCUCAGGCUACAGGCGGGCUGGGUACAUCUUGGAUGAUGAAGAGGAAGCAGCUCUCAUAGCGGACUUGCAGAUUCACGAUUGCCUCAUUGUGGGUACCAGCAAAGGCUUUACCGCAUUGACGGGCUUUCCCCGGGACGAGGCUGCGAUGCUAGAAGUAGUGACUUUUCUCGCCGCCGCACUUGGGCAGAACUGCCGCAUGAUGUUGAAGGGCGUGCCCGAGGUGGCCGUGUCCAAGUCUGCGAGAAAGAACCUUCGUGACUUUUGCCGCAUGCCGGUCACGUCGCUGCAGCCCAACAGCCGGAAAAAUGGGACUCAGUUCGUCAACUUUUUUCUCGUUGGCCUCGUCCAGGUCGGCACAGACAGAUACUUGCUCGGUGUACAGAGGUCUGUUGGCGAAGGGCUUUUCGUGUCCCUCAAUGGCCGGAUGAUGGAAGAGGUCACUGAAGCUGCGCGAGAGACGUUUAAGCGGAUUCGCCAGAAGCUUUUGAGCCUGGACUCCAGCUUAGGCCGGCUUUCGCACGUCAGCCAGCGGCUGGGUUUCACUUUCUUCUCCGAGCGGCUACAGGAUCACUGCUUGAUACUCAAUGGUGGUCGAACGGCGAUGCGCCGUGAGCCGCAGGAGCUUGCUACCAACUGCCGGGAACCCAGCCGGCUGAUCCGUUUGGUCUUUGGCAAUACACCCGUCAGGAUGACAAACAACGGGCUCUACUUUGCCGUGCGCAUUGAGGAUGCUGUGACAACAUUCGAGGGACUGCAGCAGCGACUUGUGUCGCAACUUGAACUUUCUAGUGGCACGACAAUGGACAGCGGUGGAGAGGAGGCUUGGGAAGAGAAGGAGUGCGAAGAGCAGUGCGAGGAGUGGCAGGAGGAGCAAGUUCACAAUGAAACUUGGACAGAGGAGAACUGGCACCUGGCGCAAAAACAAGAACAACAAGAACACGGACAGGGCUGGGAGGAAGCACAAAAUGAGUGGAUGGAAGAUGAGGAAGAGGAUGUAGAUGAUGAAGACCUCGAGGAGCCAUGCUGGAUAGACGCUGCAGCUGCAGAGGACGAACUCCAAGAUUGCCGCUCCGUUUGUGACGUCUUGCUUCAAGUGGAUGCCAUCGCCUUGGACAUGGAGGGCAUUGACUUGGGAAGAGCAGGUGAGAUCUGCAUCAUCCAGGUGUCAACGCGGAUGCGACAGGUCUACCUCUUUGACAUUAGCACUUUGGGUCGAGCGGCUUUCCGAAGUGGCUUGAAGGCCCACCACAAUCGAACAUGUGCAUUUACGAAUUCCAUGGUCCAGCUUUCAUCGACGGCACCGCAGUGGCAUGACGGGCAGGAAUUGCUGGAGAGCGUAGAUGUCGUCAAGCUUUUCUACGACUGCCGCAGUGAUGCGGAUGCCUUGCACCACCUGCAUGGAGUUCAGCUGACCAACGUGUCAGCUUCCUGGAAUGGCCAAAGCGCGGCCCAGCUCAAAGCUAGGCUUGGGCAAGUUUUGUCCUACCAGGAGCACCAGGAGGCAAAAGGCAUCAAAGCUGCCGGAGCUGGUAUGUUCGCACCUGAAAAAGGUGGCAACAUCCAGGAUGUCCAGCACCUCUUCGCCAUGUGGGCAGCCUGGGACUCGCUGAGUCAUCCCGAGCUCCGGGAGAUCUCCGAGGAAGGAGCCCAUCCGCCGGAGAGUCCCUGGCUGGUGGACUUUGAUCUGCCCCCGCCAGAGAAGCAGAGGCAGGCUGAUGCUAUGAGCUGCCACACUGGCAUCAAGUGCAAGCUGCCAAAAAGUGCUGGAGACUGCCUGUGUUUGGGCGCCAGUGUUCUAGUGGGAGCCUGUGGCGAGGCCUUCGCCCGCGAUCAGAUCGAGCACUUCCGGAUCGGAUUCAAGCAAGAUGGGCUCCUCUUCCUCGCACAUGAGAUGAUACGCCGGUUGAGUUGCGCUGGGGUCCACUUGGCUUGGGCCUAUAACUGGCCGGAAGCAGGCAACUUCGACCUCCCUGGUCUUCAGACUGUUACUCAAGCACCAUUUCAGCCCGAGCCCGCGGCACCGCCAACACCGUCGGAGCCGCCUGAUGCGAUCGAUCCGUCCAUGUGCCAAGACUUCGCGCGACUCCGCAGUCAAGUAGCAAGAUCGCCUUUGAGGACAUACAUGCAGAACUUUGGUACCUGGCUGCGCGAGAGUCCCUAUCAGACUGCAAUUGCGCUUGGAGCCUUGGCAUGUGGCUGCGUCUGCGUGUGGGAUGGACCACGACUUUGGGAAAACUUAGUAAUCGUCGGCUUUUCCCUAGCAGCUGUCUGGCUGGCGCAUUUCGAAACCUACCGAAAUGAUUUGGCUCCCAACCUGCAAUCGGGGCUUGCCCUGAUGCUAGCGGCCGGAGUGAUUGCUGGGUUGGCGGUGCACAGUGGCUUCGAGGGAACCCAGGUCGUCAUUGGUGCUGCCGCAGGUUUUGCGGCGGCAGCCUACUGCGGCGUGGGGGCGGGGGCUGAGGCCAUCGACAAGAGUCUGCCAGGGAUCUCACUGACCUGGUGCUGUGCGGGCUCCAGCUUCGGCGCCUGGGUCUUGGUGACCUGGAGACGACCCCUUUUGGCCUGCUUGGCCCCGCUCCUGGGCAGCUUCCUUGUGGUUUCGGGGCUGGGAAGCCUGAUCUCCUUCUUCGACAUCGACGCCUUGCCCCAGCAGGGAGCUCCCUGGUCGGUGGAGGCUUCUAUCCUGCUUGGGCCCUUGGGCACGCAGGCGCUCACGUGGCAUUGCCUCUGCGCGCUUCUGGCAGCAUCCGCUCAGAAUUGCGGUCGCAGAGCCUUGGCCGUCACAGUGAUGAUCGCCUAUGUUGUGCUGGUGGCAUUGGGAGCUUUGAUCGUGGGCAUCGAGUGCAAGGAUACACAAUCAGAAGCAGAGGGGAGGGACUGCCCAGAGCAUCUGGCGAUCGUUGGGCGCUGGCAAUGGCAGUUGUGUGGUUGUACGGCAUGGGCAGCACUGGCAGCCUUCACAGGUUGGAGACAGUUGGGUGCGCUUCAGGUUUACCUCUCUCGAAAGCUCAGCAGGAGGACAUCGCGUUCCCGAAGCAGCUAUGCCGCUCUUGAUGAGACGCCGCAUGCUGCUAAUGUCGAGAGUGGCUUGCAGACGUUCGUGACGUGCCUGUACACGUUGGAGGGCCGGCUGCAGCUUUGGAGGAAUGGCUCCCAGGUCUUGGACUUUGACGUGGGCCGUCCCAUCCAGCAGGGCGCUGACUACUAUGCAGUCAUUGACGUUUGCCUGGCUGCGUACUCCGCCAGCCUUCUUCCGCAUUCCAGCCCAAGCCAGUACUCAGAAUCCACGGUGCCGCUCCAAUACCCCGGUAUGGAUUCCAUCAUGCUUGCUCACGCAGCAGAAAUCCAAAGUGACAAUGCGCUGAAUGCCAAGGCCUCCGUCGAGUGCUCAGAGUACUGGAGGUUGUAUCUGGCCAAGCUUGCGAACAUCUGGACAGAAGCAGAGGUCCAGUAUCAGAUCGCAGAGUCCCCGGACGUGCAGGGACCGGUUCGUGCAUGCAUUCGCCACUGCUUGGCCUCCCGGUCGGGGCGAGGUUCGCGGCCGGACACAGCGGUGUAUACAUGGCGUGUCAAAGCGAGCCCAGUCUGGGUUGUGAUGGCGUCAGUCGUCCCUUGA